AUGAUAUUUUUACUGUUCAUAAGCUUUAUUGGUUGGGUACUCUGGUCCCUGUACUCCCUCUUGUCGUACCGCCGCGUGUCUGUAGCGGGGAAGACUGUGGUGAUUACAGGCGGCUCCGUAGGCAUUGGAAAGCACCUUGCGCUUCAUUUCCUUCGGCUUGGCGCGACCGUGCAUGUAUGGGACGACAACAAGGAGAAACUGUCACAGUUGUCUAAGGAGGCACUGCUGAUUCCCUCUCCUCGGCCAACCAAAAGUGCAAACUGUGACACAGAAGGGUUAACGGAAACGAGCGCAAACGAGCUUGAGGGUAACGACUGCUUGAAGACAGUUGUUGUUGAUUUGUCCAAUCGGUUUCAUCUGCACCGUCUAGUGAAGCAGGUUGGAACCGUCCAUAUCGUCGUUAAUGCGGCACUAAAUGUGAGCAGCAAGGCGUUUUUGGACCAUGCUGACAACGCUAUUGAACGCAUCCUGCACGUCAACGCUUUGUGCCCCCUUAUCCUCGCAAGAGCCUUCCUCCCGGCGAUGUUGGAGCGUCGGGACGGGUACUUCGUCACUAUUACGGAUGCGAACGGGUUGCUGGGAAACGCGUCACAGCCGGAUUUCGCUGCCUCACAAUGGGCGGCCGUUGGUGCGCACGAGAGCAUCCAAAUGCUAAUUAGAGAAAAUGGAUGCUGCGGCAAGGUUCGUACGACAUUGUUAUGUCCGUACAAUGUUGUGAGUAGUCAACCAACGUUACUACGGACACCAUCACCGUUCUCUUCUUCUAGAGUAAUGAACACAGCAGACGCGGCAAACACCGCAGAGGGGCAGUCAGUAAACACCAUAAGGAGGUCUCGUAUUCUGGGUUACUUCCUUUCAAUCUUUAGGCGCCCUGUUACCCCGGAGGAGGCGGCAGAGGCCUGCGUUUGGGCCAUCACACACGGUGUGGAACGGCUGUAUAUCCCGUACAGCCUGCUGUUCCUGACCCUUUUCAGGUUUUUACCGGUUCCGUGGUUUAUGUGGGUGAUUUCCCCGUCCACCCAAAGUACCAAUGUAGAGACCAGCAAGGGGAAUUGUCCAAGCGAAAGUGACAGUAGCAGGAGUAGUUCGGAGAAAUGA